AUGCGGGGGAUAAUUUGUAGACAUAUUCUCGCCAUCUUUUCAGCUAGGAAAGUCCGGGAGUUGCCGGAAAAGUACAUAUUGGACCGAUGGAGAAAGGACAUAAAACGUAGGUAUAGUAUUAUUCCGAGCAGUCAUGACGUUGCUGACCAAAGACCAGAAACAGUUAGGUAUAAACGUCUAUUGAAGAUAUGUUAUGAGGUAAUAACAAAUGCCUGCUCUCAAGAUGGGCAUACUGAGGACAUGGUAUCGAAGUUGUAUGCGAUGAAUGAUGUAUAUUGCACCUCGAAGCCCCACAAGAUACAAGAGAAGAAUGUUGGAGAUAGUACCAUGAAUGCAGCCACGGAAGGAAGUUCGAAAAAGGUGCUAAGUCCUAAUGUUGUCAGAGGCAAGGGAAGACCCCCAUGUAAGAGAAAAAUGUCAAAAAUGGAGGAACAAAUGAGAAGAAAAAAAAAAACUAAGGCUGUGAGAAAGAGAGGAGAUACAGUUCAAAGAAACUUGAGGCGUGAAUUGGACACCGAACUGAUGGAAAGUAGUGGAAAUCAACUUGGCCCAUCAAGAAUGAGUUUGCAAGAAAACUUGGGGACACAAGAAAGUAUGCAACUUGGGAUGGAUGGAACACAGCCAGCGAUGGCAGAUGGAACACAGCCAGAGACGGCUUAUGGAACACAGAUGGAGACGAGGGAUUCAACGCAGCCGGAGACGAUACAUGCCACAACUGCAGGAUGA